GCACACUUUAUUUCUCGCAACCAUUGACAGACAGCAGACACACCUGAAAGGAGAAGUUAAAGCUGAUAUGUGUGAGAAGUGUGAGUCCAACAAAAGUGGUUUAGUAAAAGAGAAGCAGAAUAAAGCAGCUUUCAUAAUCUAAAUUACUGAUCCCUGGGACAUACAUCAACAAAGAAAGCUUUUCAAAGGGACUGUUUGCAGGCAGAAUGAAGUGGCUAUAAACUGUGUGCAAUCAGCUGUAAUUCCUCACGUUCUUCUGUGAAUCUACACAUGUGCCUGAGCCACAAUUUGGAAACAGCAAGUGGCUACAAUUUUGAUGGACUAUGGGUGUUACACAUGGAGAAAAGAAUGAAAACAAUGUCCUAACAAAGGAGGAUGGAAAAUUAGAAUUUCAUGAAAAUGGUCACAGUGAACCACAGCACGCAACAUGGAAUAACUUAGGGAUGGAAGUGCAGGAAAGACAAAUGGGUCAAACUUUUGAGCCUGAUUUUCCCCAGCUGGAAGAAUCAGACUUUCUGCCAUCAGUGAGGCUUGCUUUCUUUCUUCUCCUUGUGUUUACAGUUGUGUCAUACUUCCUGGCAGACUGCAGCAGUAAUCCUGCUGUUCCUUUGAACCACACUUCUUUUAAAUUACACAGUUGUCAGCUCCGAGAGUGCAAAAGAAAUGAGCAACGCUUUUUAUUUCCAAGUCAAACGGAGGCAACAUGGAGGACACUGGAUGAAGCUCUGAAUCACUAUCACAGAAUGGCUUCCAGCAAUUCAAGGCUUGGACUUAUAGUUAUUGGGCAGGGACAGGCACGAAAUACUGUAUUUUGCUUUUCCAAAACUAUUCUCUCUUUGUUAGUUAUGACUGAGCAUUCUACUUUUCAUGAAGUGAAAACUAAGAUAUUGGACUACAGCAAUUCCCUUCUAAGUUGGAACAGUUCACAGGAGAUUGCGAAACAAAUGAUCACAAUUGCCAUAAUUUUACAGAGAGCACGACACUCACCAUACGGAUUAAGUGUUUGCCUUCAGCACUCCUCUGAUGGAAAUCCACUUGUCCUAAAGACAGUUACAGCAAUGUUGCCUAAUAACCUGGAGACCAGUGAGGAAUGUUUCCUCCAAAACAUUGCAUCUGCCUUAGUGUCACAGAUCUCGAUUAUAAUGCGUCACACAGCUACAGCUAAGUCUAAUAUUUCUGUGAUCGAAUCAGAGAGUUUAUCCAUAUUGUUUGUGAAACCAGAGGAUUCUUUGGAGCACGGGUUUUCCUGCUAAUGGGGUUUUGCUUUUACUGUUUACAUAAAUCAUAAUGAAGUUGAGUUAUCCUUCACAUGUGGUGUUUUGUAAUGUUACAAAUAAAUUCUUGUAUGACUAUGUGCAAGGAAGCAGGUAUAUAAAAUGGUUUGCACUUUUCCACACCAGAAAAUAAUAACAGCAUCUUACCUCUGCUCAAAUUUAUGCUGCAGAGACAUGUACACAAAACAUCCUAAGCAAUACGUUUUCACGCUAGCUUCAGAUUCUUAAGUUACUGAAAUUUAAUAUAUGACAUUUAUGAACAGGCUACAUUUCAGGAACAGCCACGAGACAAUACUUCACACUUUUUUAAAAACUUAUUUGCAUAUAACUGUUGCCAAAACUACUAAAUGUAGAGAGGUCAGUGCCUGGUAUGGCUGUUUUUCAUAGAUCUCUGUAUAUGGGGGUAUAUAAAGAUAACUGGUCUUUAAUGUUCAUUUACAAAUGUCAGUAAGUUGCUCUGUUUUUUUCAGCUAUGCAAAUUUAAGUUAUAGUUUUAUAGUGAAUAUGCUUACUUUUGAGCAAGGUUACUGGCAAGUGUGAAUGUUUUCCAAUUAGAAGUUAUCUGGAAAUGAUCUACUACACAGGAAAUCAUUCUGCAAUGCGCUUUAGCUGCUGCAGAGGGAUCAGUUAAUCAUUCAUUGCCUUCCUUCACACACUGUCACAUAUUCUGUAGUUUUAAUAACACCUACAGGAAUGGGUCAAGCACUACUCUUCAGGAAAAUCCACACUGUUGUAAUGAUGACAUUUUAAUAAUUUGAUAUCUGCUAGUUAUACAGUAUUUCUGGAUUAUGUAUAUAGCAGUUAGUCAUACUGUAAAGCAUGACAAGUCUAAUAAUCCAUGUUGGUUGUCAUUAACUGCUAUUUAUUUUGAGAAUUUCUCUGAACAAUGCUAUUUAACAUAAGCCACCCUUUAGGUCAGUGGGUAUUAGUGUUGCUAGAGUGAGUCCUGAAACAGAGACUGAAUAACUGUUCCAUUUGAGCAGUAGUUGGAUUUGCAUAGACUACCUGGGCUAAUGUAUGGCUACAGCUGGUUAAUACACCUAAUCAAUGGGAAGCCAGUUACAGUUAUCUUCUUCACAAGAGAAAACAUUAGGGUAUGUGUAGCAAAGCAGACCUGGCAGAAAUCAGAGUUCACCCUUUGUGCACUAAUGUCACAGAACUCAGAGAAACAGAUUAGCACAGCUGUUAUGUUCCAUUAUCUUGUAUAUUCAGGAGUAAGCAUGACUACAAGAAUAAGAACACGUCAUUCAGGCAUAUUUUAAUCACUGGUGAUAAGAAAAAAUUAAGUUAAGAGACCGAGGAUACAUGAGGUAAUCUCCCCAUCCUAGUAAAGACUAAUGGCUGUAGUCUGCAAAGAUUAAUAAAAGGUUCUUGGUGAGGAUCCAGAUGUGACAUUAGCCAUUUACACAUGAUCACAUUAUCCUAAUUUGGUAGGAGAUAAAGAACACCAUCAAUUACAUAAACAGUCUUAAGUUCAAAUAUGCAUACAGUGGUGUGGAUGUCAUUUGCUGUUACUACUGAUAUACAUCUCAUGAUGUGUGCACAAGGCAAGAGAGAUCACACAUGAAAUGGUCUACCAUCCUUUUUGACUGUACAGAAUCAGACAGCUGGCUUGUCUAUUUUCUGAAGUUGUUACCAUUAUUCUGGUUGUGGAAAACUAUCACACUGUUUAUUUGCACUUAAAUUAAGGACUGCCUAUUAAAAAUAAAGUAGGCAAAAUGAUAUACAGGAAUCCUAAAUACAUAUUCCUAUCUGAUAAACUCAUGUGGCAUAGUUGUGAAACUGUCUUCUAAAAUUAUUUGUCAUUUAGUGAUACAUUUGUCACUACCGUUUAAAUAAAUCUGACUUUCCUAAGUAUUAGUGAAGGUUUGAGUCUCAGUUAGGGUACAUUUUAUGUGGUAUCUACAUGCUCCAACUGUGUCUAGGUUGGUUUUCAUUGGGUGCUGUAGAGCGUUCACUCAUCCCAAAUACAUGUCAGUGGGUAAAUUGUUGAUCUUUAAAAUGCUUGUAGGUAUGCAUGUGCUGUGUGGGUGCAUCCUGCUGUGGAUCAACAUAAUAUUCAGGAUUGGUUCUCUACCCUGCUCCCACAUAACCCUCAAUAAGUUAAAGUAGGUAUGAGAGAACGUUUUAAUGAAUGAAAAAGUGCAAGCCAUUUUAACGUGCACCAUUUUAUUUCAAGAUUCAUAGAAAAAGUUGUUGAUGCAACACAGGUAUUCACAUCUUCUCAGUCUGGUAAGUAGAUUUUAGUUUAAUAUUAAUGUGAAAUACAAGGACACAUCAGACCAAUAAGGAGGACAAUAUGGUUUCUAAUGCUGAACCCUGUAACAUUAUGCAGUGAUCUACAACUGAUUUGUAAAACUGGCCAUCUAAAUGGAGUGAUCUACAACUGAUUUGUAAAACUGGCCAUCUAAAUGUUUAUCUAUCACAGAUAUAAAUUAAAAUAAAGAUAUGUAUUUUUACUGCCUCUUACCCAUCUGACUGCUGAACAGUGGUUCUCAUCCUGAUAGGCUAAAGUCCUUAUCUGAGUGUUGUGAACAAUUUAGGCAGUGGUCUGUUUACCUAGUACUGCAUUUUGUUGCAUUCACUUUAAUGAGGAUACAAAUAUAUUUGGAGAAUGUCUACGGUAUGUCCUCUCCACUUAACAAAAUAUUUAAUUCACUGGCUGGUUUUAUUCCCUACCCACCCCCCCCUCACUGAGUACAUUAUUACACAUAAGACAGUAUAUUUCAGGCUCACAAAAAAUGACCUGUUUUUUUUUUUUCAAACAGAUCAGUGAUUUUCCUAAUUACAUUUAUUUAUUUAACUGUAGACUGCCUAAAUUAAAGCUACAUAUAUUCAUUAGAUCAGGAAUGAAAAUAUCCAUUAUAUAGUUCCAUUACUGUAGCGUGCUGCAUGAGUAACAAGUAAAUGUUGCUACACAUGUACUCUAAAUAUGUAGUCGUUUGGCAGUUAUCACUGUUAUGUGAAAAAAAAGAAGAUAAACAGUAAAAACGCCCAAAACUAUAAAUGAAAUUUAAAUUUGGGAACAAGGCUUAAAAGAAAGAUAGAAGGGGAUAACCAUUUGAAGAAUCAGGAUCUUCUAUAGUGUGUCCUGAAACACAGAGAACAAAUGUCUCAGAACAUUCCCUUUUCCCAAGGUACAGCAAUGUGAUAUAGAUAUAUUGAUGUGUGUGUCUAUGUGGUAACAGUUACAAAUAGUGAAUGGCACUUAAGUCAAUACAUGAUACAACUUAUUGACUCAUAUUUUGUUGAGUGUGUUACAGUAGUGAAAAAAACUACUUGACCUUGCAGGACUCAUGUUAAAGCCCAACGGAGUAGUAACAUAUAUGCUGUUAAAUGAGUUCAGGUGUGAAUAAAAAUCUUAAAAUAUAUGUCUAUUAUAAGAAAAAACAGUCAUUCAUAAUCUCCAAAAAUGCAGUCUUCACUAUUAAUAGAAUCAUAUCACCAUGAAGAAGACAUCCCUAAACAGAUACUGACUUUUUGUGAUAUGCAAUCUAAUGGCAUACCUUAGGGAUGGAGGAAAAAAAGCAGCAUCCCAGAAGUAAAAGAAUAAAAUCCUGAACUGCAGCCCCAUCUAAAUUUGAAAACAGUAGAAUAAAAAAUUAAACAUGCUGCAUAUAAAGAAAAUAGUCAAACUUGAUGGCAAUGCAAUAAACUACACUUGUGUUAAAUAUUAUACCACAUUACUAUAAGCAAGUCUGCUAGCAUACACCGGUACAGUACAGUGCAUUUGAUCUUCAUGCAGGAAAUAACAGAAUUGUUUAAGAGGAAGGAAAAUCCUAUUUAAAUAUACCAUUAUAUGAAAUAAACACACUCCUACUAUAUACAGCAUCCAUACGCAAAUUUUGCUGCUUAUAAGGCUCUUCUUUUUUUAGUGUAACAAAUUUACUUCUGUGGUGAUCGUGUGAAUUGCUGUGUUUUCUCUCAUGCUUACAGUUUUAACUUUUGGAGAAAUUAUUUCACUUGCUUUAUCCAUGUAUGGUAUGCCCUUCUGGAUGUUGUAUCUCAGCUGUGGGUAAACUCAACAAUAUCCAUUGAUGAGUGGCACUUUUUGCAUUAACGUAUCCUCUUACUUCUUUUAUCACAGGAAUUUUUCCAUACACUCUUUGGAUCAUCAUGCAUUUAUCCAUUCAUAUGAACAUUUUUGGAACUUUUGAAGUACUAAAUUUAGUCUAACUCAGGUAACAUCAAAAGAUAAUGAGUACAUGUGCUGUUUGUCAUAAAAUUAAUUACAGAAUUAGAGGUUUUUCAUUCACAGAUACCAUUUAGAUGACUAAAUUGGAAAGGAAAGAAGUUUUAGCAGAGAGUUGUGAAUAACUUUCAGACAAGCGACAGGAUACAAUGAACAUAAAAGUUAUUCAGCAUGAAAUAUCGUUAAAAUAAAUUUGAUUAACAUCUAUUUACUUUUUAUGUUUUUGGUUAUUGAGCAAAAAGGAGAAACGUGGUUUUCCUCAUUUCUGAAUAGUGUGAGCACAUUUAAAACACAAGUUAAUAUGUACAGAAUUAGUGGAGUUACCCCAUAUUUAUUUUAUAAGUUGGCAACAGUACAGAUAUCUAUAUUUCCCAAAAAUCAGUAAAACUGCAAAUGUUGUUCAACAUACAGUAAUCUGCAAAAUCAUAUUUUUCACAUUUUCAGAAGCUGGGCAAUAUCAAAGAACAGAAUUUAGAUUAUUUCAUUCAAAAUUUAAAUUUGUAGGGUACAUUUGAGAAAGGAAUAUUUUAUUUUGCAGUAUCCUCUCACUUUCAGUAACUUUUAUUAAUU